CAGGAACACCUUAGAAGGAUUUUGCGAGUGGAAGUCCCAAAAAUUUUGUGACAAUCUAAGGGAAUUUUUGAAGAAGAAUAUGCAGUGGAUGAAGUCAAUGAUUGCACUAAAAAGGCAGUCUUGUCCGGUGUUUUAUAAUAUUGACCUCAUCCUGACCCAAAUGAAUGGGGUUGCAGAUGGUUACAACAAGACAGGAAAAAUUUCCCAUUCCAGAUGAGGCUAUUUUGUGGAUGAACCUCUUAGGGGAUAUCGAGGACCUGGAAUCUGCCUUGGAUCCUAGCCUGAGCAACAUGAGCAUUGAAGACUUUGUCAAGUCAGGACGAACCUUAGGCGAUGGACACUGCUCUGCUCUUGUCAAAGUGCUGCCAGGCAACACAGACCUCUAUGUCUCGCACGUCACCUGGAACACGUACCAGUCCAUGCUAAGAGUCCAGAAAAAGUACAUCCUGCCCUUCCGAAGAACAGGAUCAUCUGACCCCAGUGACACUAUCCCCGGCCACACCGUUGCAUUCUCAUCAUACCCAGGAAUCCUGUCGUCUGGAGAUGACUUCUACGUCCUCUCAUCGGGACUUACCAGUCUGGAAACUACCAUUGGAAACGGCAACCCAGCACUAUGGAAGAAUGUCACUGCAACUGGAGAGCUAAUGGAAUGGAUGCGGACAAUUGUUGCCAACCGUUUAGCCACAGAUGGAAAGAGUUGGGCCAAGUUCUUCUCCAUGCAUAAUAGUGGGACUUACAACAACCAGUGGAUGGUGGUUGACUACAAGCUGUUUAAACCAAGGAAACACAUUAAACCUAAUACAUUAUGGGUAUUGGAGCAACUCCCAGGCAUUGUACUGUCGGGUGACCAGUCUCACAUCCUUCGGUCUCAAUCUUACUGGCCAAGUUACAAUGUCCCAUUCUACCCUGAGAUCUUCAACAUGAGUGGAGCUCCUGCUAUGGUUAAACGUUAUGGGGACUGGUUCACUUACGAUAAAACUCCAAGAGCUCUGAUUUUCAAGAGGGACCAUGUGAAAGUAAAAAACAUCCGUUCCAUGAUUAAGCUGAUGCGUUACAAUGACUUUCAGCAUGACCUCUCCCGCUGCAACUGCACUCCUUCCAUCAGUGCUGAAAAUGCCAUUUCUGCCAGAAAUGACCUCAACCCCAAGAAUGGGACAUACCCCUUUGGAGCUCUUGGCCACAGGUCACAUGGGGGCACAGACAUGAAGAUGACCACCUCAAGCAUGGCCAGUGGACUAAAGUUCUUGGCUGUGAAUGGACCCACUUAUGACCAGCAACCAAUUUUCAGAUGGAGCGAGCAGGAUUUUGCAAAGGACACCCCACAUUACGGACACCCUGAUGCAUGGGCUUUCCUGUUAUUGGAAUAAAUGGGUUUGGUAAUA